AAUGCAGCGCUUCCCAUUGACCAGGCAUCCCUUCCGGUAGAUGAGGUCAACUUUUCCCCAGAUCCGCCAUUUCAGUCCAUAGUUUAUUGUUGCAUAUUAGUUUUGAAUGUUUUUGGGUCAUUUUAACGCUUAAGCUGUUGGCUGUUGGGUUUUGUGGAGCAACCGAAAUCCCGUCAACUCAAACGCUCUGGCAUUGCUCGUGGAAGUUGGUAAAAUUUGGGUGUUGUACUGUUUUUCAGGAGCAGCGUUGCUCAACCAAAGUUUUUGUAUGAGUUGCGGAUAGGAAGAGGCGAAGGGGAAAGGCCUCAAGCCUCGGACGGGAUUUCACAACCAUGGCCGGUAAUUUUGAUGCCGAAGACCGUGCUAGCUGGUAUUGGGGGAGGCUGAGUCGUCAGGAAGCGGUUUCUCUCCUACAGGGUCAGAGACAUGGCGUUUUCCUGGUGAGGGACUCAAUUACCAGCCCUGGUGCCUACGUGCUGUCCGUGUCUGAGAACUCCAGGGUGUCCCAUUAUAUCAUCAACAGCAUCAGUAAUAACCGGCAAUCUGGCUCAGGUUUGGCUCCUCCUCGGUUUCGGAUUGGGGAUCAGGAAUUUGAGGCGCUGCCGGCCCUGUUAGAGUUUUAUAAGAUCCACUACCUGGACACCACCACACUCAUAGAGCCCAAAGCCAGGCAAACAGGAUUCGUCAGCUCCUCUGUUGGCGUCCCGCAGCAGCCCGAGGAGGUGGAGUUCGUACGGGCGCUAUUUGACUUCUCUGGCAAUGAUGAGGAAGAUCUCCCCUUUCGUAAGGGUGACAUCCUGCGUGUGCUGGAGAAGCCGGAGGAGCAGUGGUGGAACGCGGCCAACCAGGAGGGCCGAGCUGGAAUGAUCCCCGUGCCCUACGUGGAGAAGUACCGGCCGGCCUCGCCCACUGCUGCUGGCCUGGGUCCCCCUGUUGUAGGGACUGGUCAGGGGGGGCAUGGUGGAGGGGUAGUGGGGAGCACAGACGGAACAGGGACCCCUCAGACCAACCCUCUGGGGGACCCAGGCCAGUACGCUCAGCCUGUGGUCAACACCCAGCUCCCGAACCUACAGAAUGGGCCUGUCUAUGCCCGAGCCAUUCAGAAGAGGGUGCCCAACGCCUACGACAAGACGGCGCUCGCUCUGGAGGUUGGAGAUAUGGUAAAAGUGACCAAGAUCAACGUGAACGGCCAGUGGGAGGGUGAGUGCAAGGGCAAACGAGGCCACUUUCCCUUCACCCACGUCCGGCUGUUGGAGCAACCCCAUCCUGAUGACGAGAGCUGAGAAACACACGCACUCCCAUCACCUCGACGGUGUCCAGCACAUCCUCCCUUCUCCUUCGGUCAUUUUGUCAUGCUCGGAAAGAAAAAGAUUUGUACAAGCACACAGAAUAUGAACCUAUGAGCUAAACCAGUCAAGCACUCCUGCAGGUUGUGGUGGGUGUUCUAACCUAAUGUCACGCUGAAGAGUUUACACUAAAAGUCAGACUGAUGUCGGUUCGCCAUGUUAGCUUUACAAACUGCCACUGCUGGCUUCCUCCUCCACUACAGCCUGCAAUUAGAUAUUUCAAGUAUUCAGACAGAUGGCAGCAUUUAUUGGCUUAAUAUUUAUUAAUGCUGCAUUCCCAUGACUAAAAGCAGGGCUAAGCAGCUUUAUUUGCUUUUUGUAAAAUGUUCAUUGAACAGGUGUAGAAAUGAGACGCGGCUUUAAGUGUCCUCUCACAGCCAACCUGAUUGGCUCAGACAAACUCUGGUGGUUUGGUUCAUUUUGUCUGGUGUAAAAGCUUUAAAGAGGCUGCGUGAAAAAUAGGAUUUCAGUCUGUUUCCAGGCAGACUUUUAGUGCAGUUUGGUUGUGGUUUGAAAGCAAAGCAGACCAAUCAAAGGAUUUUUUAAACUGAUAGAUAAAUGCCAUGGCUGACCUGGAACUGUUCAGAUGCUCUCCUAAGUUUUAGCAGCUGUUCAUUAAAAACUGGAUGUAAUGCGGGGAGCUCACAGUGAAUCCCAUGUUACAGCUCAGGAUGCAUUGUUUUCACCCCGUUUUCACCUUUUAGGCCGCUCCAGAUGCUGUCUUAAUCAAUAAUGCUUUCAACCUGUGAAUUCUUCUUCAUUGGAUUUUGCUCUUCCCUUUGGGGUAGUGCUGCCGCCAAAAAUGUCCAGUCACUGAGUUUAGCCAUCAGGCCGUUACAUCACAUCCAGGCUGAAUGAACCAAACUGCAAACCAAACUGAGACGACUGACCCUAAAAGUACUUCACCUGCUUCGAAUGAAACGAAACGCUCCGCACCGGUAACCGUCAUCAGUCGAGCCGCAGUUCACACGCCUCCAGCCCAGUGCUGAAGUCUGCGCCACGCAUACACGGCGGACUCGGCCUACACUUCCCUUCAGUGUAUCCCCACCCACUACAGUUACAUUCAUACACAGAAGGGAAAAAAAAAUCAAUUGCACACAGGAGAUGAAACGCUCAGCUUCUCUCACAGAAUCAUGAAUCAGUGAGUUUUUGUCGUGCCAGACUGUGAACCUCGGAGUGAACAGUGCAAAGACCUUACCUGAUGACUCCGUCUUGCGGAGAAGGAUGGUCCUCCUCGCCAAGACGACUUCACCAACUUAUUACAUCCCACACUACAAACCAAGUCCUCUUUUUUUUGUACUGAAAGUGGAAAAUAUUAUGAUAGAAUUGACUAUAUAUGCACACCUUACAUGCUAAAUAUUGUAAACAUUUUCCUUCUUUGUAUUUGAUUUACUUUUUGUGAGUGGAGUCUUUUGAAACACUAUUGCGCUCCGACAGGGAUGACUUCAAGUGCAGCGGCGUGAGAGAACAAAAUAAGCAUCCUUUCAAGACGGAAGGCGAAAUCCCUGGAGGCUGAGGAUGAGAGGAGAAAGAUUGAGGGAUUUUAUUUUUGUCUUUCAGCUGGCUUUUCUUUAUGACAUUCUGAGAUGCUUGUCAGGUGAAAUCCACCGUGAAACACUAAUGCCAUUGCAUUUUUAUGCACGACUGGUAGACGUUAUGUCACUUCACGCUGUGCUGUCAUGGUCAUUUUUCUGUAGAUUUACUGUUUCUCAUCUGCUUUUCCCACGCUGAACACACACACACACACAGACCCACUGAGCAUUAUGAAAUAUGAAAAUAAACCAUAAAAGGGACUCUUAAUGUAGGACUUUGGUUACAGUCCUGUUUGAGAACGCCUUUGCCUCAGAAAUGGGCAGCUCAGCAGCUGGGACGUCCUCCCUGCUGUCCACUGUCCCUGCUGUUACUCUGGGUAACAUAAUUAGGUGGCUUGCAAGUAAACAGCGAUGAGACUGAUGCAACACUGACGCCAGUGACAAUAACACUGCAUUCUUUAAGACAAGUCUGAAGUCUUAUUGUGUAUCACAGCAAACCGAGAUUGGGGUUCACCUUAAAUGUGUCGGCUUUCCCGUGAUACGCAAGUGCAACGCUUCUUGUGUGUUGCCAGAGCUAAUCUACAGUGGGAUCAUGUUUACACGAUCCUACUGUGCCGUCACCGGGGAGGAUCUGCAGAGUUACAUCCUCUCUGCCUCGUGUGUGGUAUUGGAAAAGAUGAGGAGUGUCAGCAGGAACUCACUGGCCUGAUGCCCGAGCCUCGAUUAGUCCGUCAGUGUUGUCUUUGAUAUUUUAAAAGGAACAACACAGCCGGUUGGUUGACACAGUACCCACUCGUGUCCCGGGGUCUGGCGUACAAACGGCGCAUGAAAAUUAUGCGGCGCUUCCCACAUAUAAUAAAGUUUAUACUUUAUAAUAAAGACAGCGCUGACGGACUGUCGACUCGGCAUGUCUUAGAUGAUCCCAGCUGUAGAUUUGCAAGCAGUUAUGGAUGUGUUUGUGUCUGGUUAGGGUGCAGGUGUGUAUUUCUGCAUUUGUAUGAACACAGAAAGUUGAUGUAUCUGACCCCAGAUAUCCUGAAAAGUAGUCUUGAGUUUACAAUGUUUAUACAUUUUGAAAUUUUCAUUGAUGCCAUAUUUUUCUUACCAAUGUUGAGCCACACCGGUGGGUCACACGCAGCCCUUUUAUAAAUGAAUAAACACUUCUGGCCAUGGAUUUCAGACACUUUCUGUCACAAGCUUCUUCACAGAUGGAGGAUCCUGGGAUGAAAUCUCAUCAAAUGGGCGUCCAUGGCCUAAUUUGUGUCAAUUUAGGGGUCUUUGAUGUAAAAAUGUUUGAAAGCCACUGUUCUGUUGUAAAGUCUGUAAUGGCAAACUUAACAUCAGUUGGAUACUGUUGGUUGCUGCUUCUGCCACAUUUCCUUUCUUUGAAUGGAAGGAAGCUGUUGUGAUUCACAGGUUGGUCCGUCUGCUCUACAGCAGGACCACUCAGCGUUUGUUUGGUCUUUGGUUUUGUUUUUCUGUUUGUUGUAAUGCCAAUAUGCAAAGCGUUCAUCAGGUGUUGCCUUCAGGUGCAUGGCGCUGAACUCCUGCUAACUGUUGCCUUUGAGAGGAAAUAUUAUCAUUUCAUAGUCAUUGCAUUAGUGUAACUCAGCAGUUAAUUGAAGACCAAUGAAUACUUAAAAAGAGCUUGUUUUAAAAAAGACAUACCACUGAUGAUCCUACAAUGUGCACCUUAUUUCUUCUACAGCUCCAAAAAACCCAAAUCUCUUCAUACCAAAUAUGUUUUUUUUAAUUUUAUUUUACUUUUUUGCAAUGAUCCUAAAUUUUUGCAUUUGUGCCACUUCACCCAGACGUCAAAGAGGACCAGAACAAGCAAAAAAAAGUAUUUUUUUUAAAGAGUACAUCUUGUCAAAGUGUUAAGUAAAUAUAUUAUUUGAAGUUAAAAUUUACCUUUUUAUUUUCUGUAGCAUGUAAUGUGUUAAUAUACCUAGUCAAUAAAAGAUUUCCAGUCA